AAGAAGCGCUUCUUUUACUGUAUACUAUGGAUCACUUGAAUCCAACUCAAAGAGAGGCUUUGAGUCAGCUACAGGCUAUAACCGCUGGAAGUGACGCCGAAGUGACGCUAAGUGUUCUUGAGAGCGUCGACUGGGAUGUGCAGAAAGCAGCCGAGCUUAUAUUUGACGGCCCACCGCCUCAGAGCAGCAAUGCGCCAGUAUCACCGGAAGGGACAGAACAUACCCGAACGAUCAUGGAAGAGCUAGCCAUAGACGAUUCUCAACAAGGUAUAGACGUCGAUAGGUCCUGGCGGCCCAACGGAGGCACUCACAGAGUAAGUUCUCCUCGCAAGGGAUUACGUCACUUUAACAAAUAUCAUUCGCAGCCCAAUACAUCAAUCUGGAAUUCCCUUCUCUCCUUUUUUUCUCUGCCCUUCCACGUGUUGAGCAACACCAUCAGAUUUCUAUUCGGUAUUUUGCGUAUCUCUAUACCUUCUCUGCACUUCACAGGCCUACAUAACUAUCGUUCCGUCCGUACCGGUCCAUCAGAUCACCGCAGCGUUACCGACCGUUGGGUACGAUCACUGGAAGAGGAGACAGGAGCGCUUUCUGUCAGCUCACGCACACCUAGCGGCAUAUCUGCCUCCGGUGCUGAGGCUGGUCCCUCGAGCAUAAUCUCCCGCACUGGAUAUGCCUCGGACGAAUUGUUCGAAGAAGGCAGAAAGGUCCUACCCGAUUUCUUUUUGGGAAGCUAUGAGGACGUGUUAAAUGUUUGUCAACGGGAAGGCAGGGUAGCUUGCAUCGUCCUCGUAAGCGAAGAACAUGAUGAUGUCCCAGAGUUCAAAAGGUCAACGCUGACUGAUCCUGCGCUCGUGAAAGCGUUGCACGACGGUAAUUUCGUCAUCUGGGGAGGCGACGUCAGGGAUAGAGAUGCAUGGAGCGCUGCACAAAAAUUGCAAGCCACGACCUACCCCUUCGUCGCAUUCAUCGCCCUCCAACCACGCCGCAACCACUCACACACACCUACACCAUCACAAUCAGUCGCCUCUCCUACCCUUACCGUUCUCUCCAGGCACCAAGGCCGGAGCGUGCCUGACACAGCCCCAACCUCCGCCGCCACGCUUCUCAACCACCUCUCGCAGCAGCUCCUGCCCCGCGUUACCCCUUUCCUUGAACGCUUCAAAGCUUCGAUUAGGGAGCGCGAGCGCGAUAGGAUGCUGCGUGAGGAGCAGGACAGGGCGUUCCAGGACUCUGCUCGGCGUGAUCGGGAGCGCAUCGAGGCUCGGAUAGCUGCUGAGAAGGCGGAGAAGGAGCGUUUGGAAAGAGAGAGAGAACAGGCCAAGAAAGAAGAGGAAAGGGCCGCUUUGGAGAGAGAAAAACAGGCGAAGAAGGAUGAGGAUAGGAUGGAGUGGAGGAGAUGGAUGAGGAGAGACGUCGUCCGUGCUGAGCCGCAGAGUCAGGAUCAGGGGCGAGGUAAGAAAGGCGGGCUUCGACUUGCCAUACGGCUUCCGCAGAACGAGCGGGCGAUACGAUACUUCACGCGCGAGGAUACGUUGACACAGCUAUACGCCUACGUGGAUACAAUGCUGAUACCCCCCACAUGCUCACCCUCCGGCGACCCUAAGCAGCCUCCUGGAGUGGCGACAGGUAGCGUGCAAGUUCUUGAAGAGCAUGUGAGCCGUCAAUUAGAAGGCGUCGACGCGUGGUGGGGGUUCAAGCUCGCGCUUGCCUACCCCAGACAGGAAAUUCGAUGGGAGGCGGGGAAGAAGCUCUGUGAUGUGGAUGGACUUGGGGAUGGCGGACAGCUUGUGGUGGAACUUGUCCACAAUAGUAGAAAAGUCAGCGUACCAAGUUCCACUGUGGGGAAUAAUGGUAAUGGUGACGACGGUUACGAUACGGAGAGCGAUGAAGAGUAACUAUAUGUAUUGGGAUCCACAUGUUCAGUCAG